GUAAUAAUGAAAUAUGGCAUGGUGAGUUGGACCUUCUUGCGGGAAAUGAGUCAGCUGCUAUUCAAGUGAACACAGCAAACAAUGAUGAGGAAGAAGAAAGUGUAGAUCAAGAACUUACAGACACACCUGGUUAUCGGCCAAAUAUGGAUAUGAAAAAUGACUGUAUAUACAGAGGGCAAGACCUUUGUCAGAUAGUUGGCCAAGCAAUAGUUUUUGCAUGGACAGAAUGCAAUAGACAUCCAGAGAAGAGUCCCUUAGUCCCAACUAUCUUGAUCAGGAAUGAGGACUUCACUUUUUUAUAUAUAUAAUCCCAAAACAGAUGAGUUGUAUUCACCACGAGAACUGACUAAAUUGAGACCUGAUGAAAAUUCACCUGAUAAAUAUGCAGGUAUUGUCCUGAUGUGGAUUUUAUUGAACCAUCAUUUGUUUUUUCGACACAAACUGACAAUCAAUAAAGUCAUUGAGUCUGGAUUUUCCAAAUCAGAUAUUUCAAAGUACAGUUUGAUAAAAGAAUUUGUUAAAAAAAUCGAACCAAUCAGAAAUCCUUAUGAAUUUGUUAUAUCAGCUGGAAGAAAAGGACUAUUGCAAAGAGAUAAUCUUGAAUAGGAAUUUUGCAGGGUUUGGUGGAUCAAAGUGAAGCUUAUCUGUUCUAUGUAAUACAAUAUUGUAAUAUAGAGGAACAGUUAGUUUAUCCAAAAAUACUAGACUGAUUAAACUUAGACUUUGUGUUUGCAUAGUUGGACAUGUAAAAAUUAUUUGUGUUUUUUUAUUAGCCUGACUAUUUUUCAAAGUAAAAAAAAGAAGUAUUGUUGCUGUCAUGGUGGCGUUCUGUAUGCUGUCCACAAACUUUAACCUUGAUCAUAUAAGUUGUUGUUGUAUUGUCGUCAUACUUGGCCACAACAACUCUUGGGGCAAGGCCUUCAAGUAGAUAAGACUAAACUUUUCUUUCAUUCAUAAAUUAUUAAUCUUACACUGGCUGCCGGUACAGACCGGAAUAUCUAGCUCGAGGGUGACUGUUUACGGCGGUAAAGAAGCUCUGCCGAGUUUCGCUAACAGUUACCCGAGAGCUAGAUAUUCCUGUCUGUACAGACAGCCGGCGUUUGAUUCUUUUUCUUGCAUAUUUCAUACCAAUUAUUUUCAGAACAGAAAUUACAAAACUGAUAUUCUUAUUACGCACUUUUUUCUUAUAGAAGCGUUUGAACGUACAACUUCAUUCAUAACGGUUAAGUGACGUCAUCCUAAGAUCGCAAUUCAUUCAUAAAAGGCGAGCAGCAAUGACGUCAUUGAAAGCACGCGACUUGUCUUAUAUGGAGGUGUAAGACAGGGUUUUCUAGCACCGGUGUAAACGUUAGAUAAUCCUAUCUGAUAUGCAAGAAAUUAUCUAGACCUUCAAGGUCAAAUGUCUAAAUUUUGCAUGAUUUUUGCUGUUUUUUUUAGCUCAUCUGAGCUAGCUUAGGAUUGUUGAAUGUCCGUCAUCCAUCCACAUUUGUUUGUUAAGAUUUUUGGCUCAAACAUAAUCAAACUUGGUCAGGAUGCUUGUCUAGGUAAUUGCUCGAAUCAGCUUGGUCAUCUCGAAUGAAAAACUAGGUCACAGGAGCUAAAAAUAGAAAAAUAUUGUUAACACAACUAGUACUGACAACUGUUAUGAUCCAAAUAUACUAGAAAUUGGUCUGAAAGUUUGUAUUGAUGAUUUCUAGGUCAAGUACAAAUAUGGGUCACCUGGGGUCAAACCUAGGUCACAAAAAAAACUGCCAAAAUAUGGAAAAAAAAAACAUGUUAACACUCUAGUGGUCACAUUUUUGACUCAAUCGUCAUCACACUUGGUCAGGAUGCGUGUCUAGGUAAUUGCUUGGAUGAUUCGAACAUGGGUCAUUUUGGAUGAAAAACUAGGUCACAGGAGCACAGAAUUGAAAAAUCUUGAUAACACUAGUGGCAACUGUUUUGAUCCAAAUAUCCUGGAAAUUAGUCUGAAAGUUUGUUUUGAUAAUUUCUAGGUCAAGUUUGAAUAUGGGCCACCUGGGGUCAAAAGCUAGGUCACACUGCUCAAAUAUGGAAAAUCCUUGUUAACACUCUAGUGGUCACAUUUUUGACUCACCUGUCAUAAAACUUGGUCAGGAUGCUUGUCUAGGUAAUUGCUCGGAUGAUUACGAUGGGUCAGGUGAGCGAUCUAGGGCUAUUUUGUCCCUUUUGUUGCUAUUUGUGGCUAAAACUUUGGAAUUUGUAAUGGAUUGUCUUCAGAUAUCUUCAGGCUUAAACACUAAAUCUUUAAGAAUAGACCUUCAAGUUAACCAGGCAGACCUUUACCGUCAUUCAUAAAUGACCCUGACCUUGAAGUCAAAUUAUUGAAUAAUUUUCUUUUUCUUUUUUUUUUUUUGCUGGACAAGACCUUCUUCAAGGGUUAACUGAUUUUGACCUUUAGUUUGAAAUGACCUUGACCGUCAGUGUCAAGUUAUUAAAUUUUGGUAACAUUGUCAUAAUUUUGUUAUUUAGGAACGGAUUUGAUUUAUUUUUAGAUAAAACAUGACUUGCUACCAAACAAAUAUAUUAAAUAAUAAAGAUGUUAAACCUUGACCUUUAAUUUACCUUGACUGUCAAGGUCAAAUUGAUAAAAUUAUCUUGUUUAUCCUUUGACUGGCUAUAAUUCUGUUAUUAAUAAAUGGAUUAACUGCAUAUUGAGACACAACAUCUACUAGCAUAGAAAUUCAAGGUCAGAUAUAUUUUCUUAACUUUAUAAUUUAUAUAUGGAAAUUAUUCAUACUUCCUGUAUGAUGUAAUAAUGCACGGAAGGGCACUUGAGGUCUUCCUCCACCAGUAAAGCUGGAAAGUCGCGAUAUACCUAUACUGUGUUGAUGUGACGUUAAAACAAAAACAAAAAAAGAUUCAUACUUGGACAGAAUAAACAUGUGAUAGACCAAUCAAAAUAAAAAAAUAAAAUGUC